AUGAGAGUUAUAGAUGAGAAAACUAGAAGGAUCACUCAAUAGUGCUUUAACUUAUUAGAUAAUUUGAGAGAAGACAUGGACAAGUAGGGAGAGGAUGAUGAAAGUGGCAUGAUUACGAGGGAUCAGACUCACAAAAAGAUCUUAAGGCUAGGAUCUCUCUAAGUACCUGUUAUAUCAAUAAAUAAUAUCGUAAUCCAACAUUUCCAAAGAAAAUAUUGGUAGAAAUGGUCAUAAGGCAAACCAAACUUAGCUAAGAUCUUCUAUCAAGAAUUCUACUACUGUUAAGCCAAGUAAAUUCUAAUAUUAAUGAAUUCAAAUUCCCUCAAAGAUUUGUUUGCUCAGUCAGCGGUUAUGAUUCUAAGUAUCAAUGAACUAGAUGUGAUUUGA